CCGAGCCCGGCCAGGCGCGGCCGCCCUGCCUCCCGCCGCCGCUCGCCCCGCCCUCCCCGCCUCGGCCGCUGCCCGAAUCAGCGGGAGGAAGAUGGCGGCGCUCAUCCCCCUCAGCCAGCAGUUUUCUGCUGGGAUUCCAUUGUACGAAACUUAUUACAAACAGGUAGAUCCCACAUACACGGGGAGAGUUGGGGCAAGUGAAGCUGCGCUGUUUCUUAAGAAGUCUGGUCUCUCUGAUAUUAUCCUUGGAAAAAUAUGGGAUUUAGCUGAUCCAGAAGGUAAAGGGUACUUGGAUAAACAGGGUUUCUAUGUCGCAUUGCGCCUCGUAGCGUGCGCGCAGAACGGCCAUGAGGUUAACCUGAGCAGUCUGAACUUGACUGUGCCGCCUCCUAAAUUUCAUGACACUAGCAGUCCCUUGCUGAUCACACCGCCUUCAACAGAGACUCACUGGGCUGUUAGGGUGGAAGAAAAAGCAAAGUUUGAUGGUAUUUUUGAAAGCCUUUUGCCAGUAAAUGGUUUACUUUCAGGAGACAAAGUAAAACCAGUUCUGAUGAAUUCAAAGCUACCUCUUGAUAUCCUAGGAAGGGUCUGGGAUCUCAGUGAUAUUGAUAAAGAUGGUCACUUGGACAAAGAUGAAUUUGCUGUGGCAAUGCAUUUGGUUUAUAGAGCUCUUGAGAAAGAGCCAGUUCCUUCACUGUUACCCCCUUCUCUCAUACCACCUUCUAAAAGAAAGAAGACACCUGUCUUUCCUGGUGCAGUUCCUGUUCUCCCUGCAAGUCCUCCACCAAAAGACAGCCUGCGUUCUACUCCAUCUCAUGGUAGUGUAAACAGUCUGAACAGCACGGGGAGUUUGUCUCCCAAGCACAGCAUCAAACAAGCACAGCCCUCUGUGAACUGGGUAGUACCAAUGUCUGAGAAGGUGCGAUAUGAUGACAUUUUCUUAAAAACAGACACAGACUUGGAUGGUUUUGUGAGUGGCCAAGAAGUAAAGGACAUUUUUAUGCAUUCAGGUCUGUCUCAGAACCUCCUAGCACAUAUAUGGGCUUUGGCAGAUACAAGACAGAUAGGAAAGCUAAGCAAAGAUCAGUUUGCACUAGCAAUGUAUCUCAUUCAACAGAAGGUCAGUAAAGGGAUUGAUCCUCCACAAGUGUUGUCCCCAGAUAUGAUCCCUCCCUCAGAGAGGAAUACGCCCAUACAGACUCUGUCAGGUUACUUGACUCCUGUAGGAACUGAGAUCUCAGCACUAACAGAAAUGCGUCGUGAUAGCUCAAGUUCUGUUGGAUCGGGAGAAUUUACAGGGGUGAAGGAACUGGAUGACAUCAGUCAAGAAAUUGCACAGCUGCAGAGAGAAAAAUAUUCUCUAGAGCAGGACAUUAGGGAAAAGGAAGACUCAAUCAGACAGAAAACAAAUGAAGUUCAGGAACUGCAAAAUGAUUUAGACAGGGAGACAAGUAACUUGCAAGAACUUGAGGCUCAGAAACAAGAUGCCCAAGACCGCCUGGACGAAAUGGACCAACAGAAAGCCAAACUGAAGGAUAUGCUGAAUGAUGUAAGGCAGAAAUGCCAGGAAGAAACACAGGUGAUUUCAUCACUGAAAAUGCAGAUUCAAUCUCAGGAAUCGGAUUUAAAAUCACAGGAAGAUGAUCUUAAUAGAGCAAAAGCAGAGCUGAAUCGCCUCCAGCAGGAAGAGACACAGUUAGAGCAGAGUAUCCAGGCUGGAAAAGUGCAGCUUGAAACAAUAAUCAAAUCUUUAAAAUCAACACAAGAAGAAAUAAACCAGGCAAGAAGUAAACUCUCUCAACUUCAAGAGAGCCAUCAGGAAGUCAAUAAGAGUAUAGAAGAAUAUAAUGAAGCUCUCAAUGGGGUUAAUGGUGGUAGCCUGACAAAUUUAGCAGACAUUAGUGAAGGCCUUGGGCAGACAGAAAGAAGCAAUUAUGGAGCGAUGGAUGAUCCAUUUAAGAAUAAAGCCUUGAUGUUCACCAAUAAUACACAAGAAUUGCAUACAGACCCAUUCCAGUCAGAAGAUCCUUUCAAAUCUGAUCCAUUUAAGGGAGCAGACCCUUUCAAAGGCAGUGAUCCAUUCCAGCAUGAUCCUUUUGCAGAGCAGCCACCUGCUCCAGCAGAUCCUUUUGGAGGUGAUCCAUUUAAGGAAAGUGAUCCAUUUCGUAGUUCUGCCCCUGAGGAUUUCUUCAAGAAACAGGUGAAGAGUGACCCGUUCACAUCAGAUCCAUUCUCCAAGCCCUCUGCUUUACCCUCAAAGCCUGACCCUUUUGAAAGCAGUGAUCCUUUUACAUCUUCCAGUGUCUCUUCAAAAGGUCCAGAUCCAUUUGGAACAUUGGACCCAUUUGGAAGUGGCUCUUUCAGUAGUGGUGAGGGAUUUGCAGACUUCAGUCAGAUGUCAAAGUCAGUAGCUUCAGACCCCUUCACCUCCUCCUUUGGAGGGAUGGGAUUCUCAGAUGACCCUUUCAAAAGCAAAUCAGACACACCAGCGUUACCACCGAAGAAAAAUGUCCCUCCACGGCCCAAGCCACCCAGUGGUAAAAGUACUCCUGUAAGCCACCUUGGGUCUUCAGAUUUUCCCAAGCCCCAUGAUCCAUUCCAGCCAUUUGGGGCUGACAGCAGUGACCCGUUUCAGAGUAAAAAGGGGUUUGGGGACCCAUUUAGUGGAAAAGAUCCAUUUGCUCCCUCCUCUUCAAGUAAAACUUCUAAAGACUCUUCCUUGGGGUUUGCAGACUUCAGCUCUUUUGGAAAUGAAGAGCAGCAGCUGGCUUGGGCAAAGCGGGAGAGUGAAAAAGCAGAGCAAGAAAGACUGGCUCGGCUGCGGAGACAAGAGCAAGAAGACCUCGAGUUGGCCAUUGCGCUCAGUAAGGCCGACAUGCCGAGCUCGUAGGGCUGCUGGGCUCCUCCCUGGCCCAGGGAAACCUUUAGACGUGGCUUUUCAGAGAUCCCAAACUCUUGUUCUGUUGUGAAAAUAAUUCUAGUCACCUUCAACUCUAAACAAGACUGCCUGGUUCAAUCCAGCUGGGCUCCGCGCAGCUUUUCGAGUGCGUAAUAUGCAGGAAAUACUGUGUUAUAUGUUCUAGGUAAAAUUACUGCUUGUGAGGAACUUAACAGGAUCUUAAGAUACUGAAAACAAAGUUUAUUUGUCUUGAAGACGACGUUGCAUAUAGUAAACUGCACCUUGUGAAUCUGGCUUAUUACCUGACUCCCGUUGUUUUUUGAGGCUGCAGUACAAAUUUCAAAGAAAAUGUUAUAAAAAGAUAUUUACAGAAUUAGCUUUCACUUGCUUAAUUUAAUAAUUCAUGGUAGGCUGAUGUGUGUUAUCUACGUCAAAGUCUUCAGCACAAAAUUCCUUAUUGGUCCCUUUUUAUCGCAGAUAUACAGCUUUUAUGAAAGAAUCUGGCAGUUUAUAUACGAUGAAUACCAACGUAGAUAGUAUCUAGUACUCUAAAUUUGAGAACUCUGUGAUUUAGGAGGUUUUCUUAUUUAAAUAUUUGUUUGCAUUGGAUUUUAAUUGUAGGUGACGUUGUAAAAGAUGGAGUUAAUCAUUGUAGUAAGUUGAAGAAGUGAUGGCUGGCAAUUAAGUGACCAGGUAAAAUCUGGCUUUAUCUCAUAAGCAGAUGUGAUUACAGGAUUGUGGUAGAAGUUUGAUUCUGUAUGAAAGAAGCACUCAGCUGAGUACUUAGCAAGCUUGAGUUGUGUUCUCCCCUACAAGUCACCUUAGGUUGGCUCCAUUUGCCAGAACAUAGAUGGUAUUAUUUCUGUUAUCCCGUUGAUGUGUGUGAGAGUCUCUACCUCUGUUCCUUUAAUUCCACCUAUCUUAUAUAUGGGGUUACAGAUCAAAUGUUGCUUAGCUGUGGUAAGGCCAAGGUUGAACAGAUUUUACUGCAUCAUCUACGUUCAUGUGUAACUCAUGCAAGUACAGGCUGCCUGGAUCGGCUUUAAAGCGCGGCUGUGGUACUCACUGCUUCCACCUGGUAAGGAUAACACCCUGUGUUUUACGUGUCCGAUUUAAAUAAGUCCUUAUGAUAAAUCUGUGAAUUAUUUGCUUACGAGGGUUGCCUUUUCUGAUAACCACAGGAAUUCUGAAGGUUCGGUUGUCUUUACCUUGGACUUCCAUGUCUGACAGCGUAGGAAGCCGGUUCUCGAUGCUCUUUGUUCUCCCCGGCGCAGCCGUUCUCUUGCAGCAUUUUCUGUUUUCUGGAAGAUGUGCUGUUCCUUCGCCCUCAUGAACGCGGUUACGUUUUUCUGCCUUCGCUUCCUUACUUCUGUUUUUCACAAUACAAUGACAGUGCCUGUUUACUGAACGAAAGCAGUCUUGCCCCAUUCUCUUGUAACUGCCUUAUUCUGGAUGCUUUCCUUCACAGAGAUAAGAACCAAAUUGGAUUGUUUUCAUCUUAAUAGUAGUUCUCCGUUCUGAGACGCCGCUGAAACGGCGUUGGUUGUCUUAGGCCUUUGUGCGAAGGGCGAGCGCGUGUUUGUGUGUGCAUCCACAGACGCGUGCGCAUCCAUUCCUUUACAUCUGCACAGGGCAUCAAACUGAGAGCCCGUCUCUCAGCGUGCAGGGUUAGGAGCUGCAGUGCCCUGCUGUGUGUGUGCUGUGCCACUGGUACUGCACGCUGUGCGAGCCUUUCAUUUGCCUCAGGAAGGGAGGCCAUGCGCUGCGGUGCCAGGACAGCGCCGCGACGACUCUGGUACCUUCUGUGAGUGAACGCCUGCGAGCGCGGUGGGAUUUCUAAUCUUACAGAAUCACACUGGAGAUCCCUUCUCAUUUUUCUCUGUAGAACGUCAGAUUAAAUGAUCAAACGUAUUAAAACCUCAGCGCGUUCUCUUUUCUCUUGCUUUGCGGGACUUAAAGUCUCUGAAAGCAAACUGGGUCUGUCUGCAGCUGACAUGAGAUCAAACUUGCUGUGAAAGAGUAAUUUUCAUAAUUGAAUGGCUGCAGUGUAGGGAUCUCAGUGAAGUUAAACAAAUUGUAUUCAUGAGUAAGAGUCUCCUUUUCAUUUUCUUUUGGGUAUGAGUCUUUGUAGUGUCUCCUCUGCUGUAAUAAAACCCUGUUUGUGUGUAGUGCCAUUUCAGAAAGGAAAACCACUUUUGGAUAUUACUUGGAUGAUGUCACUCCAGUGGGACAGGGUGGAUGAGCUGAACAGCUUGAUUCAUUGUCUGUGUUAUGUACCAUAACGAGACUUUGUGCUGCUUUGUCAGCGCUCAGAAAUAUUGUAAUUUGUAAUGCUUCUCAGGCAAGGAGUCUGUGUUCUCAAGUUGCUGAGCAGGAAGGCAGAAAUGUGAAUUAAUUUCUAGCAUUCCACAUAGUGUUAGAACUAAUUGCUCAUUUUCCUGUUUCCUUAUGGACUCGUUCUUCGUAUUUGCUUCAACAGCAACAGAUCAAGCAAAUUAGCAAGGAUAGAACGUGUCCGCUCUGCACUGUGUGUAAGAUCUAGUUACCUUAGCUUUACUGAAACGCUUUGUACACAAAAUGUGAGGCACUGAAGUAGAGGAAAAUGUAGCUGUGAUUUCUCCCUGUUGUGUAUUUAAUACAGUUUUCCAUGUAGGAAAGUUGAUUUCCCACGUUCUUCCCUUCUGCCUGUGGCUUAGUGUUUUGUAUCAUAACUGCACUUGAUUUUCUAAGACAAAACUUUUAUGGCAAGACAUUGACCUUAUUCUUCCUCCAGAACGGUGAAAUCUCAAGCACAAAUAGACCUUUUGCUAUUUGGGCAGACACAACGUGUACAAUGCAAAUAUAUAAAAUGUGAGUAUACACAAUGCAUAUACAGUGUACAUUUUGAGAUCCAUAUUAUUUGUGUGUAUAUAUAUAUAAUGUAUAAUGUAAUAAUAGUGUGUGUAUAUACUAUACAUGCCCACGUACUAUGCCUAGUAUAUAGUUACUUGUGCUGUACAUAAAAUGUGUAUAUACAACGGAUAUGUAGAAUAUGCAUAUAUAUUCUAUAUAUUAACAUUUGCGUGUAUGUAUUCUCUAUAGAGAGAUGGGCACAGAAGUGAAAUCUAUACAGAAAUACAGAUGAGAUUACGGCCCUUAGAAUUUCAAAGUUCUGGUGAAAGAAAAAAAAAAAAAAGAGGACUGCCUGCUACGAGUGAGUUUGUUUUGAGAUUGCUUUCAUUGGCUGAAGAGCUGUGUUCCCUCGUUGUGCCAAAUGUGAGAGAGACCUGGCAGAAAGCAGGUAUCAUCUGCACCGGGUGUGACUUCACAUCCUUCUGAGUGUUUCAGCUCCACUUUUCAGUUACUUUGCAGUGUAGGCUUAAUUUCUGAUCUUCUCCAUGUGUGGGCCAUGUGUGGUCUACUUUUUCUCAGGCUGAGGCCAUGAUUUUUCCCUACGUCGGCUUGUAUUUUCUUUUGUUUCCUUCCCUCCCUCCCCCCCAAUUUAAAAAACCAGGUAUUUUUAAGGAGCUGUUUCUCCCCACACUCGCACAGUUCAAACAUGGAAGCACGGAGGUGAACGAAGUCUUUGUCUCACCUCAUUCCGGUGGCACAGGUUGCACCCAGUGGUCACCUGGACCUCAGUUCUGUUUCCUCCGUUUCCACCUGAGCUUCUCCUUCGGGAGGAACGCGGAUGCGUUGGCUUUGGGGAAGGGAUGGGGGUGAUGCUACUUCCUUGGACAAAUUGUUAGACUGUGGUACGCUGAGCAAAACAAAGAGGUUGCGGGCACUGAUAGUGGCACGUGUGUGUCUCAUGCAGAGCGUUGUCACUGCUGGAGUGACUCAAGGAAAACCAUGCAUUGCACACAGCACCGAGGCCCAGCAGCUACUACAGGAAUGGCAAUUCUUUACGCUGAGCCUACGCAUGCAGGCGUUGCGUGUGGGACAGGUGCUGAGUUACCUGUGCUCCUUUAUCCACCAGUGUGUUCACGUUUGCCUCGAGUGCUUUCCCUCCGACGUAGUCACACGCUCCCGUUGUAAAACAACACCAGUCAUCCUGCAAUAAAAACGGAUGCUCGUAAAAGUAGUACUUCUAUAAUGCUGCUGUAAGGAGUAGUUUCGUAUUGGCCAAUUUUUCCUUGUGAGAUCUCUGCCCCACGAGGGUCGCUGGUCCUCGCUGUGCCGUGUUGUGACGCGCUCUCAGGGUGUCGGAGGUCCCGCGCUGUGUCUGGCUGUGUCACCUUUUUGUUUAAGUUCGUCUUUGAAAUCUGUUGUCAGGAGUUCUGUAGGAAUUAUUUUGUCAUCCUAUGCUGAGAGAUAAUGCACUUUUCUUGGAUUCUUCUUAUAAUCCUUUUGGGGUUACUAUUUCUUCGUUAGUGUUUCUCCAUUGAGAAGAGUAUUUAUUCUGUAGAACCGCGGCCCAAGGAAUUUUGGUCCAAGUAGAAUCGUUGCUUUCCCAAUGUGUCAGGGUUUGAUUUCUGCCGCCUUCUGCGUCUGAUUCCUCGCUCUCAGGAAUUCCACUUCUGUUUCAUUCGGAUGUUGGGUAUGAGCUCUGUUGAAGUGAUUUAUCCGUGCUAAUGAUGAUCUAGUUCCGACCUCUUCCUCCACCAGAGGAGCAGCGAAGUUGUCGUGUGUCAACCAUUGCAUCUCACCAUAGACUUGAAGACAAACAUCUUUUCUUAGGAAGGAAUUUCGCUUGCAGUAUGGUGGAAUUAUAGAAGAUUUAUUUUUAGAGUAAAUAUGGUAACGGUUAUUCAUUGACACACUUGUUUUAUCAGUUGAUAUACUGCUCUUUUUACUUGAAAGUUUUAUAAAUAAAGGAAAUAAAGGCGAAUUUGUUACAAAACAGAA